AUCUUGGAUCACUUUGUGUAGUGCUCACUUGGCAAAUUUAAGAUAACAAACAACAUUUCAUCUCGACUAGAAGAAUGGACCGCAAAUCUCAGACAGGCGCACCAUCCAACGAUGAUCGAGCUGCCAAAGUUGAUCUUACGUUAAGACUAGGAGUGCCGGGCUACGAUAGCCAACCUCCAGAAGAAAAGGGCAAUACUGGUGAGGCUGGUGGUUCGUCAUCAGCACAUAGAACGAAUGAAGCGGGCGGCACCGCGUAUGCACAUGACCCGCCCAACAUCGCAUUCUACCAAGGUAUUGUGCCUCAAAAUCGUGCAGCAGCACGCAGAAGGCACAACACCGACGACGACAAAGUUUGUCGAGAAUGCGGUGUUGUGAGUACUCCUCUCUGGAGAAAGGGCCCGGAUGGUCCACAAACGCUUUGCAACGCUUGUGGACUGCGUCAUGCACGAACGGCCAAGAGAAGUGCCGACUGAGAGGAGAGGAUGUUGCUUGAGGGAUGCCGGUGAUUGGAUGUGGAGGGUGUGCAUGGAUGGUGUUCUUUGCUUGCGUUUCAAAUCUUAGACUCUUUUUUUUUUCUAAAACAUUUGUAAAUAUUAUGUUGGUUUGAUGUUGAACAAUUUUAAUGCUAAUUUGAUAGUUGGUGUUUGCCAAAUG